UCAAACUAUUUACGCAUCUCUUAAAAUACCAAAAUUAAUUUUGCAGUAUUCUAUAUCAAAUCAUCGUUCUACUGCAAGGAUCGGAGCAUAUAUCAUCAGAUAUGUAUGCAGUGGACAUGUAUACAGCGACUUGCCGGUAUGUCAUGCAAGCUGAUCCUGACAAUCCCGCAACUUUAGGCGAAUUGAGGCGUCUUCUGCCUUGUUUACGUCAAGCUUUAGGCUGCUAUGUAUGUUUCAACUUGUUAAGAGAUCCAAUGGGACCAAAUCAUAAUGUUUGCAGACACUUGGUAUGUUUGAACUGUCUCGGUGGUAAAAUGAAACUGAAGCCAGCUUGCAGUUGGUGUAAGGACCACUGCCAAUUUGUUCCAAAUCCUCUACUGAAGAUCCUGAUAACUUGCUUCAAGAAGUUAUGCGCUUACAUGUACUCUUCACUACUCGGAGAUGCGAUCAAAAUGAGUUGUGUGAAUGGUGAAACUAAUCAUCUUCUUAAACUAGUGCAGGAAGGAAUGGACUUUCAAGAUGAUUAUGUGCCACCUCCACCUAGACUGUCUCCACACAGUAACCCUGCACAAGCUAAUGGAGAUGAAGUUAAUGAAAACGUACCUACCUGUGUUAAUUCUUCACCACCAGCAACUACAGCACAAGCGUCCUCAGAAGAAAACUUUAAAGAUGAGUCUGUGGCUAUUGAAAAUAAUGUUUCUGAUGAAAGAAAUAUUGAGUUGAGUAACUUGCCAACCGUUCAGCUAAAUGACAUUAAAUUUAAUAACAAUAGGAAAAGAAAAAUUGCGAAAGAUACUGAUCACAACUAUGAUAAUAAAGUGCAUUCAGUGAUUAGAAAUAAAAACUCAAAGAAACCAGUUAUAUUCUUAAAAAGAGCAGCAUUAAAUAAAAACAAAUGUAAAAGUAAAAAAGCUGUUCUGAAGACUGCAUUGAAUAAAGCUAGAAAAAGAAAACAAGCAGUUGUAAAACGUUUUAAUACAAGAUCAAAACAUGAAGCACCAUCAGAUUUAGAGAGGAUUGACAAUUCUAGCACAACUUUUAAAAAAAUGAAGGUUGAAUUACAACCCCCAGAAUUAAAGCCAUUAAGUUCAUGUAACUGCGGAAAGGCAGGAAAUUAUAAUCAAUUAACUUGUAUCGGUCAGAGGUGCCCUUGCUACAGCAUGAAACUACCUUGUGUUGGCUGUAAAUGCCGCGGUUGUAGAAAUCCCAAGAAAGGGCCCGACUACCAGGUUAUGAACACAAUUGGCAGUUCUGCAGUUCUACGAUCUGGAACAAGAAACGCAACUGAAUCUUACACGUGACAUUCAGGUGUUAGUGACAGACAUAAUUUUAACUGCUAUAUGACAUUUUUAAUGUAUACUUACCCUUGUGAUUGUAAUUAUGAAGGUUUUUGUAAAUUUAGGUAUUUGUUUUUAUGUUAAAUGAUAAAAGAAAAAAAAUUAUAUUUUUAAAAGUGUUAAUAUUUUCUAUUUUUAGCUUCGGAUUCUUAAGAUACAAUUUCCUCUCUAUAACGAAAGUUAUGUGUGAAGUUUACAGUCAUAUUUAGAGAGUAGGUAAAAAAAAAUUAUUGCUAUGAAAUAAUGUAAAAUUAUUGCAAUGCACAUCUUUAUAAAAGGUUCUUCAAAGAAAUCACUAUUUUUGGUUUU